AUGGCGCCGCGGCUGCUGGCAUGCUUCGGGCGCAGGGGCGGCGCAACGGCGUCGGCGCCGGACAACGCGACCACGGCCGAGGGCGAGCACCAGGAGGCGGCCCCGGGCCCGGUGCUGGUGGAGCUGUUCACGUCGCAGGGGUGCGGGGCGUCGCCCGAGGCGAACGUCGUGGCGGCGCGGCUGGCGCAGGACUCUGGGGACGGUGCCGCCGUCGUGGUGCUGGCGUUCCACGUCGACUACUGGGACUACCGCGGGUGGAUGGACCCCUUCGCGUAUGAGCCGCAGCCGGUUGCCGAUGGCGAUGACCAGGGGUCGAUGCCGUGGAUCCUCAUGCUCGGCCAGGCGAAGUUCGCGGAGGUGACUUCGGCGCCCCGACGUCGCGCGCUGUCGGCCAUGGCGGCCACGGCCUAA